AUGGACGACCUCGACAGCGUCAUCGCCGAGACGAACCCGCCGCCGGCGCCGGCGAUCCCCGCGGUGCCGCUCAUCAAGGACGCGAAGCGCGGCAGCAAGGAGAAGCGCGUGCGCCGCGGCAAGUCGACGGAGGAGAUCUACGCGGACCACCUGCCGAAGACGGCCGAGGAGGCCAUGAAGGCCAUCUGGCACAAGCCCAAGGAGAUCCGCGCGCACGAGCGCCUGCUCUUCAAGAAGUUCAUGUCCAAGGUCCGGCGCAAGGAGGUGCCGGGCCUGGGCAAGGACCACAGCCCCCUCGCGAACUGCUACGCCUGGACCCAGUCCAAGGGCUACGUGAUUUUUGUCGUGUGGCUCCAGGGCCCGCUCGACGACGUCACGGUCGAGGUCACGGAGCCCGCGCACGUCUUGGUGCAGACCGAGGGCUUCCCCGCGGUCGUCGACCGCGACCUGGCCUACGGCAUCGACCCGUCGCAGGACAUGGACUCCGUGAGCUGGGACAAGCUCGACAUGAUCGCCUUCAAGAUCGCCAAGGCGGAGUACGGCAAGCGGUGGGACCGGCUCUUCGACGGCGACUGGCGCAUGCUCCGCGCGGCGGAUUUCGGUGGCAAAAAGGGCUGCUACGACUGGGAGCCGAACCCGGACCCGGAGGAGCACCUGAGCUUCGUCAUCACCGUCUACGUGCCCGAGCACACGGCCAAAAAAGACGUGACCGUCGAGAUCAAGUCGGACUGCGCGCGCGUCGCCGUCGCCGGCUGGCCCGCGGAGUGGCGCCGGUCCUUCAAGUUCAACUGCCGGUCCCACCAGUCGACGUGGCAGCUCGCCUGGGUCGCGCCGCCGGCGGGCGACGGCGCCGCGCCGACGCCGGGCCUCGACGGCGUCAGGGCGAACAGCGGGCCCGCGGGCGCGUCGUUCGAGCCCGCGUGGUCCAUCGCGGGCGCGGCGGCCGAGGUCGAGCGGGGCUCGCCCGAGGACAUGCGCUUCCGCCGGCGCCGCGCGGUCCAGCUCACGUGCUACUUUACGGAACUGCCCAUGAAGCGCAUGGUCUACGACCGCGACGCCGCGGGCGAGAUCCACGAGCUCGGCAAGAUCGAGGACGUCAAGGACCCGCCGAAAUCGGCCUUCGCCGCCGACGUGCCGGACAAGGAGACGGCGAGCCGCGUGCUCUUCGUCGAGGAGGAGGACGGCAUGCUCACGGGCGUCGUCGCGGAGAUGAUCGCGCACAUGGACGGCGCGGAGCGGUACCGGCCCUUCGAGGCUUUGGGGCCCGUGUCGCAGAACAUGCUGCGCUACCUGCCGCCCCAGGAGCGCGACCAGUACGCCUUCGACGAGACCGACGAGCAGAGCGACCCGGAGAGCGUCAUCCAGUGGUGGGACCGCACGGCCUACGACGAGGAGGUCGAGUGGUGCCGGUCGCUCGGCCGCGAGCCGCGGCGCUUCCUCACGGACGACCCGGACGGCGACCUCGCCGCGCGGAGCCGGCGCCUCGGCCUCGACGACGACGACGACGACGACGACGACGACGACGACCCCGUCGUCGAGGUGCUCGCCGCGCCGGACGCGGCGCCGCUGCCGCUGCCGCCGGGCGGCAUGCUCGGCGCGGCGCCCGUCAAGCUCGCGCCCAAGCCCGCGGCCGCGGAGCCCGCCGUCGAGCCGCGCUGGCCCUACGGCGUGACCAUCUCCAAGCUCGCCGCGGCGGCGUCCUGGGCGCCCAAGGUCGUGUCGGACUACGCGUUCGACCCGGGCGCCAAGUCCGUCAAGGUCUACCUCUCGCUGGGCAAGCACCUGGCCCUCGCCGACGACGCGGUCUUCGUCUUCUUCGGCUACGACCACCUCCGCGUCGAGGCGCUCCACGCGCCCUCGAAGUCGCGCGCCGUCUUCUCCGUGGACCUCGCGCACGACGUCGACGCGGAGAAGUGCAAGUUCAAGGUCAAGGCCGACCGCGGCGACGUCGUCCUCACGCUCCGCAAGUUCAACGCCGACGACGUCUGGGCCAAGCUCAACAAGGACGUCAACUUCGACACGGGCGACCAGGGCGUCGGCGCGCCGGCCGAGCCCGCCGACGACGACUUCGACGGCAUGGAUUGA